AACUACCAGUAGAGGUGAUUUUGUGUUCUGUGCUGACAGAUUGAUCAGAUUAGUUGUGGAAGAAGGCCUCAAUCAGCUUCCAUACAGUGAAUGUACUGUAACCACGCCAACAGGACAUAAAUAUGAGGGUGUGAAGUUCGAGAAGGGGAACUGUGGGGUCAGCAUCAUGAGGAGUGGUGAGGCUAUGGAGCAAGGGCUGAGAGAUUGCUGCAGAUCAAUCCGUAUUGGGAAGAUCCUGAUCCAGAGCGACGAAGAGACACAAAAAGCCAAAGUGUACUAUGCAAAAUUUCCUCCUGACAUCAGCAGGAGGAAGGUUCUACUCAUGUACCCUAUACUCAGUACAGGCAACACUGUGAUAGAAGCGGUGCGGGUGCUGACUGAACAUGGCCUGCAGGCCAAACAUAUCAUACUACUGAGUCUGUUCUCUACUCCACACGGUGCACGGUCCAUUGUUCAGGAGUUUCCUGACAUCACUAUACUGACAACUGAAGUUCAUGCUGUUGCUCCAACACACUUCGGCCAGAGAUAUUUCGGCACAGACUGACAGCCCACCAACUCCACACAAUAUGACUCCACCUCCCCCUCCUCAUUCAUUUGUUUUAAAAUACUUGACCAGCUCAAAUCAAGUGUACAUGUGUGAUUUGUUCUCUGUAUUUUAAGUGCAUAUGUAUUUAUCCAUGUUUAAUGGAUGGAUCAAAGUGAUCUUCUAAAAUCAUGCUUCUCCAUGAUACCACUGGGAUGAAAACACACCAUUUCUGAACAUUCUGGAGUGAUGAUAAAUAAAUCAAAUAUUUUCUAUUAUA